AUUUAUAAUACGUAUUCUAAAUUAUAAUAAUACAAAUAAUAAUAUUUAUAGAAUAUUAAAAAUAAUGAUGAGUAAACUAAUGUGUGUUUCGUGACAACAGGAAAUGAACAUCCUUCAUAUAAAUGGCAUUUUCUUAAUAUAUGAAAAGGAUAUAAUAAUCGUAUUAAAUAAUAAAUAUUUACAUUGAAAAUGGUGGAAAUUUAUACAUAUCUGACAUUUCUAACUUUUGUUUCAAGUGCACUUUGUGGCGUGUGUUAUUACACGGACGUGACAGGUUUUGAAGAGAGUUCAUUGUGUCCUGGUACAUGUUGUGGAACAGGAAUAGACCUUUGCUGUGUAGACUCCGGUUCGAUUAUUGCCAUAGUGAUUGGAGUGUUUGUAUCAUUAUUACUACUGCUUAUCCUAACCAUUAUAUGCUGUGCUGAAAGACGACGUUCUAGAAGAAACACAACUGGACAUGCUAGGUUACAGAGAAGAUUAUCUGGGUGGAUGGAAGAGACUAGCAACACACAAAACAAUAGUUUAGCGAUAACAAAUGGAGCUUCUGGUGACCAGGCUCAAAUGCCACCAAGAUACAGUGAUUUAUAUCCACAUCCUCGUUCUUCCACGGGUAACACACGAACUAGUGGAACAGGAUCAGAAGAUAGACGAAGCUUAAUAAGCUCAUUUGGAUCUUUCUUUAGGAACAGUAGUUUGCGGUGGUCAGCAAGACAUGGUAAUAAUUCGGGUGAAUCUUCUCGACAACAAACAUCAGAAACUGAAAUUACACCCAGCAAUGAAACAAACCUUCAUGAACAAAAUACUGAUUCAGUUCAUAAUCAACUAGAUAAUGCAAAUGUUCCGACUGUUAUCGUAUCAGAAGAUUCAGAACCUUCGAUACCCAGUGUCCAGAGUUCAAGUCUUGACAAAGCCAGUUGUAAAAUAAUAUCUGACAGCCGUUCAAGUUUGAUGAAGUCAAUAGUAGAGGCAGUACCUUCAGUCUUUCAAACAACAAACAUGUAAUAGAUUCCAUUGGGCUAAACAUUAUUUUUAUAA